AACAAGAACGCGUUAGAGACGGUCGCAUCGACUGAACAAGGAUAAAGUUUAAUUUAUUUUUAAUUCAUUUUAAAUUACUGUGAUAUUUGUGACAACAACAACUUUUAUUUGUGUGCUAUAUAGAAAGGAUAUCUUUUAUAUUAUUUAUCUCCGAGCCAUGCGACCAUCACUAUCACUUCAUGCGAGAACAUCAUCGUGAAAACAUCACUGGAGAUAUCCGACACUUUGUAGAAUAGAUAUAAACAUAUAAUCCUGUUGAUCGUGAACUAUCUCGCAACGAACAUAGUAUAGUUAUAGAAGUUGAGUCAGUAAGUGUAAGUGGAGUGUGGCGGACUGUGUAUAGACUAUGGCGACAACGGGGAGUGAAAUGUGGCUACAGUGGUUCGCUUGUUGCUACCAGCCGGCUGCGCAGGCGCAGCGCACGCGACGAAGAAUAGACAGGUCCAUGAUCGGCGAACCAACAAACUUCCAACACACAGGACAUAUAGGGUCGUCGGAGGUGGAGAUGCCUUCGUCACUGCUGCACUCCAUACAGAACCAGAUGCAGAGCAAAGGCGGCUACGAAAUGGCUUACGGAGUUAAGGUUUAUUAAGCCGUUGAUGGAAGCUUCUGGAACGUAAUAUAACUUUUAAAAGUCUAUUGAUCUUAAUCUGUAUUUAUUAAAGAUUAGUUUUAAGAUUAGUGAAUUAGUUUUCGUGUAAAGCCCACACUCACAGAGUCGGUCGAACGUACGAGUUACCUUGUUGGCGAGUGUUGCACUAUUUUAAUUUACCAAAUACUUUUUGUUUGUAAGUCGUCUAAAUUGUUUGACGUUGGUGCUUUAAAGCUAUGAUAAUAUAUAAUAUAAUGGCAGAUCUGUGAGGCAUUGAAGAUAUUAAUUAAAAUGAAAGAUACGCACCACUACCAUCGACUUAAAACUAAAUACAAUAUGGACGCCAUUUUAAUAAUAUGUGGUAACAAGGAAUUGUAAAUAUUUUGUUAAUAAUCAUCGUCAGUCCAGAGCAAUAAAUUAUUGAAAUAAAUCACGUUCUGUACCCUCGGUGACUUUAAAACAUAAUGGACAUACAAUUUCAUUUGUUUUAAUAAAAAGUAAUUAGAAACGCACAUGUUGCAUACGUGGAUUAACAGCUACAGUUCGGCCGCUCAGGGAAUGCGUUACUGACAUCUGUCUAUUCGUCGUUACCUAUGUACUUUUAUUAUCAAUAAAAGUACUAACGCUUUGUUUUUUAUAUGAAUUAUAUUUCAAACACAAUGUAGAUAGAAUCACUGCUUCAUUAUUAUUAUUACAUUAAGGUUGCAGAUAGUGAGCCAGUUCAAAGAUACGUGUUCUCGAUCAGGUCUGUCAGAAACGCAAACUGAUCGGCCGGACUCAAUCAAUUUGAAUAUUCUGAUUGUCUAUAUCGUCGUUGCUUCCACAGGACCGACAGAUAUUAAAUCUCUAACAUAAAAGGUUUUGUAAUCGACUUGUUGGCAAUUCAUAAAUAUCUUUCAGGUUUAUUUAGUCAUAAUUAAGAUCAUUGUAUUUUCUUUAUUUAUAUAACUAUUUGGUGCGAUUCAGUCUACAAGUUUUGUACCAAACUGUCCAUAUUUAGUCUGUUAUUGUGUGUGUUUGUCUGUAGUUAAAUAUUCUCAUGUAUAGAUUAAGUUUAUACUGUCUCAUCCACUUAUUAAAUAAAUUAUUAUCGGUCUUCAUGCCCAAUCUCUUUGGGCAUACGAAUGACUAAGAGAUAACAAAUACCUACUGUUUUAGGAAAAAUAAGCAGCGAUUUUAAACUAUCCGACGUUACUUUUCAUGGUUCUUCAGAUAUUUUAUAUUAAAUGUUCCUCUAUGUAUAAAAAAUAUAUCCAUAAAAAGUUUUAAUCGCGUUCCGAUGUUCUAAAUGUGUCAACCCUAUAUUUCACCUGUCGUAUAUUUUAUAAAGAUAUCGUCUUUUAAUAUAAAAUCGCUGCUUCUCUAGAGUUUUUUUACCUAUUUACACUCCACUAACAUGCCAAUUAAAUAUUUAGUGAAAAAUGUUAAUAAUUUUGUCAUUUUAUUGUUAAAAAGACAAAGUUGUGUUCAACUACAUACAUAAAUAGUUAUUUAUACAUUGUAAAGCAAUAAUCUGUUUGAAAACACGAAUGUGGAAAGAUU